AUGAAAUUAUUGCACAAGAAUUUUUUUUUAAUCCAUAUGCUUCGGAAUUUUUUAUUUAUGAAAAGCCUCUGA